AAAAUACAAAAAUCACAGAACAAAAUCAAUUCGAGCGAGGCUGAAUCGCUGCGCGAUUCACCGAAAUCGCAGCCACACCAAACGCCAAAAUCGCCGAACGAGAAACGCAUCGGCCUCAUCGCAGCUAUGGCCCACUUUCGUCCAAAGAACGCCACGCCCAUACAGUUCUAUAACUAUGUGCGGGAGUUCUGCAUUAUGCACAACUGCAGCAUCGACGAGGCCAUGGAACGGGCACCCGAUGCCUGGACGAAGCUCAGCAAGGAUCAACGGCAACUCUACAAUUCGGAAAUGCACGCGGCUCUGCCCAUUCCCGUGCCGCGGCACCUCAUCUAUAGGGCGUUUCAGAUGGAGCGCGCCGGUCGCUGGAAGAUCAGCUCCGCGCCCGCCGCGAACGGCUUGACCACGCUGUACUCGAUGGAAUCGUAUUCGCCGCCGGUGAAGCCCACCAAGCUGCAGGCGCGCUUGAAGGCGCAGCAGCCGCGCUACGACAAUCUCGCCGAGCAGGUGCCCUACCUCACGGAGUCGCCGCGCACGCAGCCGACAUCGCCUUCGGCCAGCUCGCCGAAGGCGAAGGCGCCUCGCGAUCAGCGGCAGAAGCGCGAGAAGCCAAAGCUGACGCUUCGCGAGCUGCUCUCCGAGCCGAACCUGAAGGCCUUGCGCAAGGCUCGGGGCGGCAAGGCGGCGCCAGCGACGCCGGCCAGCCCACAGAAGCAGCAGCAGUCGCCGCCGCAGCGCCCGACGUCGGCAAAGCGCAAGAGCAAAAAGCUGCUAAACACAUCGUCCGUGAAGAAGAAGCAGCAGCAGCAGCAGCCAGAGCCAGAUCAGCAGAAGCCGCAACUGAGAUUCCACCUGCCAGAAGCCGUGCAGACGUCGACACACUCGAAGCUGCCAGCCGAUGGGAAGCGAAAGCGCACACUCAGUAAGAAAUCCAAGCACAAAUUCUAAGUAGAGCUACAUAGCUAGAGCGCCAGGAAAAUUGAUUAAUCACCAAGUAAAGAUACAUUGCAUC